UUGUUUACCGCGCGCCACCCAGACGUCUGCCACUGAUCCGUCUCCAUUCUCCACUCCCACCACCACCACCGCCCCCUUUCCGCGCCUCCUCCUCCUCCUCCUCCCUUCUCCCCCGUUGUUGCCGUGGGGAUCCGAUUUCUCCACCUGCAGGCGGUGGCGCUCGAUCGGCAGAGCGGAGAUGGCGGCGGUGAGGGUGGACAAGGCCACCAACGAGCUGCUGCUGGGCCCCGACUGGACCCUCAACAUCGACAUCUGCGACGCCGUCAACUCCGAUCACGGCCUCGGCACUUCCUCCAAGACUUCUUCCACCACUCAGCAAUGGAGAUGGUAUGUCGAGUGGGCGCCAAAGUGGACAGAUUCAAGGGUUGCAAGAUGCUGAACCAGAAUUGCCAGGCGAAUACACAAGAAGUGAGGAUGUGUUGGGAUGUCUCAUCCUCUUGAUCGCGGAGAGGACAGUGUGCUGGGUGCAGUAGUCCCAUAUUUUGGAGGCGAUCAGCUGUCCAACAGCGGUUACGAAUAGCAUGCCACAUGAAGAUCUUGAAUUUGUUAGGAGACCAAGCUCUAGUGCAAGCAAAAGAAGUGAUUAAAGCUUUGAAAAAACGUCUUCAGCACAAGAAUGCGAAUGUUCAAUUUCUUGCUUUGACGCUUUUAGAGACUCUAAUAAAGAACUGUGGGGAUCACGUGCAUGUUCAAGUCAUAGAGCGCAAUAUACUGGAGGAAAUGAUGAAAAUUGUGAAGAAAAAGGCAGAUAUGCAAGUGAGGGACAAAAUUCUAACACUCCUGGAUUCUUGGCAAGAAGCAUUUGGGGGGCCUGGUGGAAAGCACCCUCAUUAUUACUGGGCAUAUGCUGAAUUGAAGCGAUCUGGUGUGGAAUUUCCUAACCGCUCACCUGAUGCUGCACCAAUAUUUACUCCUCCAGUCACACGUCCAGCAUCUUUACCAUCAUACCUUCAAGCAGGGUAUGGAAUGCCAUUCGAUUCUUCGUCAAGGCUUGAUGUGGCAAUGUCAUCUAAUGCAGCUUCUCUGAGCAUGCUAGACUUGGAACGUAUGCUGGGAGCUGUGGAGCUAUUAAGUGAGAUGCUGAGAGCUGUGGAUCCGAAUGAUCAGGAUGCUGUCAACGACGAAAUUAUCGCGGAACUUGUGAACCAAUGUAGGUUGGACCAAAAAAAGAUAUUGAGCUUGGUAAGUUCACUAAGGGAUGAGGAACUCUUGGGCCAAGCUCUUGAUUUAAAUGAUAAAUUACAAAUUCUGCUUGAGAAACAUGAUGCAAUGGUAUCAGGAUCUCCCGUACCAGCCGAGGUAGCAGAUGUGGUGAGUGAAUUGCCAGCAGGAACCAGUCCAAACCUAGGUGAAAAAGUUGCUCCUACAACUGCAGUUGUCUCAAUUAAUGUUUUGGAUGAUGGGGAAGAAGAUGAGGACGACGAGUUCUCUCAGCUAGCUCGCAGGAACUCAAGAUUCAGAUCCACAAGCAGCAACAGCGCCUCUUCUAGCUUAGGCACAUCUUCGUCAACGAUCCAUGAGGCAAUACCAGGAUCAGCAGUUUCUGUUCCCUCUACAACUUCUGCAUCAGUUCCGAGCAAUGCAUUGUCUCUGCCUGAUCCACCAACCCCCGUGAGGACUUCUCCAGAAGACCAGGUUAUGAGUGACCUUCUUGCACUCACCGUAUCCUCAAACUCAUCACCACCUUAUACCCCAGUAACACCUGAACCAGCCUCGAAUCAAGGUGGCUCAACAGCUAGUGACCAUCCACAGCCUUAUCAUGUAAACCAAGGGCAAGCUUCUGCACAUUAUGUCGCUCCAUGGGCGCAGCCUCAGCCUCAAACCGCAAGCAUUCAGCAACAGACACCAUCCUCGUCAUCUUUGCCCUACAACUCACUGGCUUACCCACCGCCACCAUGGGCCUCCCAUGACAGCAUCGAGUCCAACCCUUUUUUGGUAGCAUCAUCUCAGCAUCAGUCGAGUUCCAACUCGCCUAUUAGCGUGACACCAAACUUGAGGCCCCUGCAGCAAUCAAAUUCUUUUGCAGUGCCACUUCGAACUGCAAGUUUAGACUCACCAAUAAAUCGGAACCUGAAGCAACCUCUUUCUGCUGGGGCUCGCAGGCCAUCUUAUGUUUCAUCCAACAAGUUCUUCGAUGACUUGUUUGAGAGAAAUUCAGAUGGUAGCCUGAAAGUAGGCAGUGGCACGUCCAGUCCAUACAAGGCAUAGUGAUGGCUAUGGAAAUUGUUUAUCAUGCUAGAUUGUUUGCUUAUCUUAGCUUUUACUGUUAGCAUCCUGCCUGUAAGAUUGGGGGUGUUUCCCCAAUUCAUCUUAGAAUUAUUUGGUCGAUGCUUCUAGCUGCGAACUUGCUAACCUGUUAAUAAAUAAUUUACGCCAAACAAAAGCUAUAUGAAAGCAUCAGCCUAUUUGUUGGCCAAACAUUUUGAAUGGCAGAAGGUGAUUGUUCUAAA